AUGCAGCCCAUCACCCCAGCCUGCCUGGACGCCGUCAACACUGGAGAAUCCAGCACACCUCUCGAUGCCUCGCAAGUACCCCCAACCACCGCACAACCGACCACCACCAAAAAACCUCGGGCUCCUCGGAAGACACCACAAUGGCCACCACCGGCCGAUUUGCGUGGAGCGAAGUGGGCGUAUGCUCGCAACUGGUACGCGGACACCAACGGAUCACAGGCAGAGUUCGAACAACAUUACAAGUCCAUGACCCCCUCGAUAGAAGAAACACCGGCCGCAUCGCAGCAAAGUGAUUCAUACGACCUCCUCUACGCUGCCUUCCCACCACAUCAAUUUCAGUCCAUGGUAGCGAACGCCUGCAUCCCCGGUUUUUGUCUACCUCUCAAAUCACCUGCCAGACUCUCAGACUGGUUUUCGCCUCACAUCGCCACUCAUGCAACCCCGUCUGUCCUCAAGCUAGUCCUCCUGCUACAACCCACGUACCUCCCCGGCUUUGUCUUCUCGUGGAUGAGCUUGAUCUCGCAUCGUCUCUUCAUGCCAAAGCUGCUCCCGUCCAAGAAUCGCGAGGUAGGCUCUGGCCCUGUCGACUGA